AUGUACAAGAUGCAACUCUUGGCUUGCAUUGCACUAACUUUUGUACUCAUCACAAACAGUGCACCUACUUCAAGCUCUACAAAGGAAAUGCAGCAACAACUGGAGCAAUUACUACUGGAUUUACAGAUGCUUUCUAAUAUGGUUAAUAAUUAUAAGAACCUCAAACUCUCGAGGAUGCUCACAUUUAAAUUUUACAUGCCUAAGAAGGUCACAGAGUUGAAACAUCUCCAGUGUCUAGUAGAAGAACUCAAACCUCUGGAGAAUGUGCUCAAUUUAGCUCAAAGCAAAAUGGUUGACUUGAGACAUAACAGGGACUUAAUCAGUAAUAUCAAUGUAACAGUUCUGGAACUAAAGGGAUCUGAAACAACAUUCAUGUGUGAAUAUGAUGAUGAGGCAGCAACCAUUGUAGAAUUUCUGAACAAAUGGAUUACCUUUUGUCAAAGCAUCAUCUCAACACGGACUUGAUAAUUAAGUGCC